AUGGCGCCAUCUCCGCCUCCAGGUACGAGUUCAUCAAGUGCCGACACAGAACAAGGUGGAUUGCCUCUGGCUCAAGUCGCACAAACUCAGAUCAGAAGCUACGUGGCCCACAAGCAGCACGAGCUUGGUGACAUGAUCAAGGAGGAAGAAAGCAAAACAGAAACAGAACUCCACAUGCACAUCAAAGCGUGCUUGAAUGCAAUUAACUACCUCGGUCCGUCGACCGAGGUGGGAAAGAACUUCAAGGCUGGCAUCUUGGAACAUUUCCCAGAGGACGAGGAUCUAGGCCACCUCGUCUACAGAAAGGUCAUGCAGGGCGUCAGGGGACGUAGCCCCCACUGGGAUAUGGUCGGGUCCAAGCUACGCGAGAUUGUCGACAUCCUGAACAAUGGCUGUGAUGACAAUGGCGGUGAAUCUCAACAAGGGAAUCAGCCUCGAGCACUAUCAGAGUCUCCUGGAGAGCUUCCAACGCCUGUAUCACCAGGUUUCUUUGUACAAUUCAAAUCUCCCUCGAGCGGCCGAAAGCGGCCUCCUCCACUUGAAGAUCUAUUCAAAGAUAAUGACCAAGUUGACCGCGACCCAUCAAUCACAUCGGACUCUCAGACAUGGAAGCGCCCUAGAGCUGAUACUGCUCCGGCUGCAACUCGUCCUGACAAGAUAUUGUCUAAUGCUCUAGCGCCGAAGAAACCGACGCAAGAAAAGCCACAAGAUCAGAAGUCGAGUGGCUUUUAG